UUGAUGAAUAGAGUUGGAAUCGUUUCUAAACUCAUUGAAAGAGCAAACGUCGCACAAAAGGAUUUGAGCGAUAUUCAACACGUUUUAUCAGAAAACUUUGAAGUUGUACCCAUUCUUUUUUUGGUAAAAUUGGAAAAGUCAAACUAUCUCUUAUAAUAAUCAUACCUUAUUACAGAAAGUUAAAAAGGAAAUAGAAGUUUUACAAGACGUUAAGACUGACCGCGAGGAACUUGUCGAUGCACUCCGUGAUGUAGUGGGUUUAAAACAACUCAAUGGACUGGUGAGAGUAGAUUUCUUUAACGCUGUUAGAGGAGAUAUAGAACAGCGAAUAUCUGACGCCUACAAACGAUUCGAUAGCAUGGAGAAAAUAUGGCAACAAAAGUAUAUAGACGAAGUGUUUACGGAAAUAAAUGAAAAAUGCGACAAGUGUCAUGUGGAGUCAUUGGCAAACGAUAUUUACAAACAUCUUAAUAAAUUGAAAAUAUCUCUACAAACGAUGGAAGGAAUACUCGGAGAGCCUCUCACCGCUGCAGCCACGAGGAAGAUUUAUCGUGACACAAUGUGCAUUUCCUGCUCGACUCCUGCUCAUAUAAUUCCACCACCACCUCCUGAGGAAUUAUUACCUAAGUUACCUCCCAUAAGACCACCGGCUGUAAGACCUCCGGCUAUAGGGCAAGAAGCGCCUAAACAAAUGGAAGACGUUGAAAGACCUGUUUGUUAUCCCGGACGACCGAUAAAACACCCAUUAGAUAAAAGGGCUGCACUAUGCACAAGAUACUGUGGAGGCCUUCCUAAAGGUCGUCUGAAGAAGAAGCCAUCUACUGGGAUAACUGUAGUACCUGUAAACAAGAAAGCGACAACCGUUACAACUGGAACAGAUGGAAAAGUCUGUAUAUCUAAUAAUAACAACUAACAAAUACAUAAAAAAAAUAUAAACCACUAUACUACGUAUAUCCACUAUACUUCGGCUCUUUUUCUGAUAGUAUAGAAUAAGGAA